UCUACUGUUUACAAUUACAACAAAUUAUUAAGACUUUAAUUGAAUUUAGACAAACAUAAAUCAAUCAUAAUAGAGAAAGCACAACUAUGAAGUUCCAAAAACACAGAACACAAGUCUAAUGCAUAACAACGAAUUAGUCACUAAGUACCAGUAAAUUUUAUAAAGCAAAACAGCAUCGCAAAGCGAACGCAAGUAUUUUAAGUUGGUACUCAUACUCACACAGCUGCAGCUGGUGAGCAUGUGUACAUGUGUGUAGCUAUCAAAAUAUAUACAACUACAAUAGAAGCAAGAGCAGCAGCAGCAACAACAACAAACCCACACAAAAAGAGCUUAAGACAUUCCAUAUUAGAUACAUAAAGACAAAAGACCAGCAGCGCAGGCAUUUAACUUGAAAGUUUAAACGAACUGCGUGCUGGAGACGCGUGAAAGAAUUGAGGCAAAUCGUUGAACAGAUUAAGUACGCUUGCCGUAGACUAAGACGGCAGCAGCGGAUUUCAGUUUCACACUGGACCAGCCGCAGGAGAUGGAUAUUGAUGCUCCAAUCGUGCUUGGCAUGCAGGAGCAAAACAGUGAAGUUCAAAAUCAGUAUAAUAAUAGCAGCAACGGCACCACAACACGACACGUUCCCCACUCGGAGUCUUCAAUGAAUUUUGAUUACUUGCAAGGCCUCCGUGCCGAUGCGGCGUCAGCCUCAACGUCCACAGGAGCAGCUUCCAGUGCCCACACAUAUGGAUUGGUCGACGACAGUAGAGCUCUGGACAGACCAUGUAAUGCGAACGAAAGAUUUGUGACUAUAAUAGAUCAGUUAGAUGCUCGUGUGGAAAAGUUCCGCAAGGACGCGUUAAAUCUGCAAGAAAAAAAGGACUACCUUCUAAUGUCCAUGGAUCUCAUCAAGAGUAACGAAAUGCUGCAAAGCAUGACUGAUGGGGAACGUGAAGAGAUCAUGUUGUAUAUUCAGCGCGUUAACUCCCGUCUGGCCACUGUGGAAUUGAAUGUACGCACUGUGCGUGACAAUUCACAGGAGGAUUCUUUAAGUCAGAUAAAUGCCUUGAUUGAUACAAUGAUUAAAAUGGGAGAUCCAGUAAUCGGGAGACAACGUUGCCAAUUAUAUUUAAAUGCCUGCUGCAGUACGGCCAUGGAUCCGAGCGGUCAUCUAGGCGUAGUGUCUGAAGUGGAUGUGGGACCGAUUGACAAGAAGUUCGAGAGUGCUCUACUAGGCUGCACACUAGACGAUCAGAAGAACAUUAAGAAGCGCUUACAAGCAUUAAUGGGUUACUUAAAUAAGCAAACUGUUACCAAUUAACUCUGGAAAAUUACACACAAACAAACUCAAUACAAUAUUAAUCGAAGAGAACCAUAUUGUUGCGGAAAGAAAAAAAAAACAAAACCGAAAUGCGAAUUAAAUAAACAAUUCGACACG